AUCGUUCAGCCUUGAUGACCUGGUAUCUCUUUUUUUUUGCCCGUAUCCAGGUUAAGUACGAACAUUAAUGAUCAGUGCAUUAGGAUAUAUAUAUAUAGAAGCAUCAUUUACUACAACGCUAUAGGGGAUCUUAUUGCCGCUGUCUGAAGCACAAUGAGUGCCGAGUGGCUGCGAAACAUGGGCGGGGGGUCGCUGACGGACGAGGAGAUGCAGAAAGUCCCCUACCCAACGGUGGAGCUUACAACGCAUGUAAUCAUCAAGUCCAUGCAGUUUUACGGCAUUAUUGGCACGUGGAUUGUCGGGCCCCUUGCAGCAGUAGGGAAGAAGGAAACGCGUAAUACUGCUUGCCUCAGAAUGAAAAUGGCGAAAUGUGGACGGGUUGGCGUGCUUCUGGGUGUACCUGGGGGGAUUUUAGCAACGUAUCUUACAAUCAGGAAAGAUGAGGAGUAUAAAGUAUGGGACCGCUGUUACCGGCUUCGACACAAUCGCGGACAGGUGCGUGUGGACCAGGCUUGCACAGUGACCACCUUGGGUGGCGCCGCCAUAGGGGCGGCCACCGGAGGAGGGGUCUGGUUCGGCGGCCUGAUGGGGAUGACGGCCGGCUUGUUAGGUGCCGCCAUAUAUAAUGGUAAACUCGCGGCCAAGCAGAAGGCUGAAGCCGAAGAAGCGAAAAAGAAUAGUUAAUGAAGAUAUUCCCAUGUUAGUGUCUACGGGGUAAAAGAACUAGUAUAUAAAGAGUCUGGUGGGACGACAACAACAAUACCAGUUGGCACAGGUUAAACAGCUACGAGCAUAACAUGUGAUGUUACAGGAACAGUAAACACCAACAGCAGAAUUAAAAAAAAAAUCUUGUGAAACAAGUUAUUGCAACAUGUUAAUCGCUCUCCGAAGUUGUCACGAUUUUUACACGAAAGUGUGGUCUUUUGUUGAGAUAUAUUAAAUUUUGUAUACAACUUAAAGUUAGUGACUCUGAAUGUUCUCACAAUAUGAUAUUUUUAUGUGUGAGUAUGCAUAUCGAAAUAUUUAUUUUUAUUAAAUUUGGUACGAAUGUCAGGGAAGCACAAGUCUUUGCAGUAAUGUCCAUAUCUUAAACGGCCAAUUGUUUCAGAGAAAGCAUACUUUUUAAUAUUACUAGCCAUAUAUAGCUAGCUAUAAUACUAGCCAUAGGCAUCGUUGUUGAUGUGCACAUCUAACGUUAGCCAUAAUUGAUAUUAUCUAUUCUAAUAUAAACUUGCUACACAUGUUGCUAGAAAAAAUACGCAUAUCUUAAUAACUGAUGAGCUUUGCCCCUUUUCCACUAAAAAACAUCAGACGAGCGUUUGCGUUCUUUCCGCGGCGUUGUUGUUAUUUUUAUGUGUAAAGAGAGGCUGCCACGAACAAGUCGUAAAAAAACUAUUGGUGAUCAUUUAAAAUUAUAUAAACUUGCACCGUCGGACUCUCGCGAUACAUCAUUGCGUUCUGUUUUGUUGUGUACAUUGGGCGAAUUGGCGAAGAAAAUCUCGUUAUCAUGAAUUAUUAGAGGCAGUUUCAUAGGUACUGCAUGGACCAAAUGCGGAAAUAAUUAUGCACAUACAAUUAUACUAAUGUGUUCUCGAAGAAAAAAGUCUUCUUCAAGCGAAAUGGUCGGCCAGAUAGCUACAAAUUAUAAAACACUCGCUUAGACCACUUGCCUUUGAAGAGUAUUCAAUGGUAACAUGCAAUUUCAUUGAAAAAAGAGUUGUAUCACCUGCUAAUUGUCAGAUAAUUUUCCCACGGAAAGGUAAUGAUAAAAAUACCGUGGUUGCGGAUGAUGAUACAUACUUUCUGCUCCUAGCAUCUCCUUCUCCGUCGUCACACUAUGUGUCUAAUACCGGAUGAGUUAUAACCUCUUCUUCCAUGCACCAACUGUCUCCCCGUUGUCGACGGUUCGUAGUUUUAAUUUCAAUGUGAUUUCUUUUCUCAAAGAAUUAAUACAAUUGAUGGCAUCUAGUGAUCAGCACCAUUCUUAUGUCUAUGAGGAAAUGUAUAAACUAUUAAACCAAUAUUAAACAUUUAAAAUCCACCUUUUUAGCUCGCCUGUUUUUGCUGUUUUUUGACGAUAACAUUGUGGGUAUUUUGACAGCCUUGGUGUCGUCGUCGGCUUCGUCGUCGUAGUUCAAACACUUGUCGAAACCUUUGUCAUUACUAUGAAAUGUCUGUCACAUAUUACUAGUGUCUAUAUGCACAUGUAUAGCGAGGUCCAUGCCGUUAUCAUUUGUCGAGUUAUGCCUCUCUCUUGUCAUAUCAUAGUAACAAUUCAAGACAUGUACAUUGCACCCAUACUAUUAGUGACAAUAUGCACAUGUGUAGCGAGACCCAUACGCAUGUCAUUAUCAUUUGUCGAGUUAUGCCUCUCUCUUGGUCAUAUCAUAGUAACAAUUCAAGACAUGUACAUUGCACCCAUACUAUUAGUGACAAUAUGCACAUGUGUAGCGAGACCCAUACGUAUGCCGUUAUCAUUUGUCGAGUUAUGCCUCUCUCUUGGUCAUAUCAUAGUAACAAUUCAAGACAUGUACAUUGUACCCAUACUAUUAGUGACAAUAUGCACAUGUGUAGCGAGACCCAUACGCAUGUCAUUAUCAUUUGUCGAGUUAUGCCUCUCUCUUGGUCAUAUCGUAGUAACAAUUUAAGAUAUUUACAUUGCACACAUAUUACUAGUGACAAAAUGGACAUGCGUAGCAAGGCACAUUACUCUGUUUUUAAUAAUUGUCGAAUAAUGCCCCUCGAAAGUUGGUAAAGUAAAACGAAAAUUAAUAAUAAGUUAAUAACUGUUCAAGAUAAUUUCUUUCAACUUGGUAUACGUAUCACUAAUAAAAAUGUACACAUGUGUAGCCUGGCCUGUAACUCUUGCUGAUGUUUUUUUUUUCGAGUUAUACAUGUAUUUUAAAAUUAAAAAAAAAAAUCA